AGGGCCUAACACCAAUCUCACGCGAUAGAAGCGGAAAGAAGGGCGAUCCGCAAGACAAGUAUUUUCACGAAUCGACUGUAAGUAUCAAACUAGACCGCGUAUUCGGUGUUCUACAUAUGAACCUUGAAUUACUAGGUUGGGAGGCUGCAGCUAACGGGAACUGGGGGUAUAGUUCCACGCACACUACGAUGGCCGCUUCGCCGAAAAGGUAUUGUCCUAUAACCUCCGCCGCAUUCAUCUUACGGAUCUAAUGCGAACUUACCUUUCGACAAUGCACGACAUCGGGGCCGAGACGUGGAUUAUGCAUGGUAGUCUGCUGGGCUGGUGGUGGAAUCGCAAGAUCAUGCCUUGGGAUUCCGAUGUCGACGUUCAGAUGUCCGAGCGCUCAAUGGAGUUCCUGGCCAACUACUACAAUAUGACGGUGCAUCACUACCGGAUAUCGGGAACCAAGGAUGGGAGAAAUUACCUGCUAGAGGUGAACCCGCAUUAUAAGGACGGUAGUACGACAGAUACGCUGAACGUCAUCGAUGCGCGGUGGAUUGAUAUGGAGACUGGAUUGUUCAUCGAUAUUACCACAUUGCGGCGGGAUCUGACUGCUGAGGCAAUGGGUAUCAAAGGACACAUGAUGUGUAAGGACAGACACCAUUAUCUUGAGAAGGACAUAUUUCCUCUCCGAGAUAGCGUGUUCGAGGACAUGCCCGUCAAGAUCCCAUACGCAUAUACUGAGUUGCUGGAGGAAGAGUACGGACCGAAGUCGUUGACCAAGACCGAUUUCGAGCACCACCAUUUCGACAAUAAGAAGUUAGAAUGGGUGCCUAUGAAAGUUGAAAUGAAAAACUUUGGUAGCGACGACGCGCCCCACAGGGGCAUCAGACCUAUCCGCCUUGGUGGCAGCAGCAACAGCGGCAGCAGUAGAGACGCCCACGAAGUGAUGCACACGCUCCUGGUAGCACCAUCGACACAUGAUUCACAACAGGAUGGCAUGUAAUACCAUCAUCUCGUAACUAAACCUAGAUUAGACACCGACACGAAUAUCUCUCCCUUUUGGAUCAAUCCAUAUAUACCCCAGCAAUAGUUCGAAAGUUGGAUUCCAGUACUUUGGAUCCAUGGGCAUCGGUUAUGGCGUUCUUUCCUUAUGGCAUCGGCGCUUCUCAAAUAUUUAGGC